CUCUGCCAGACAGCGGCGGUGCUCGGCUGCGGAGGAUGCCGACCCCGACGCGGGGACGACAGCCAGGCGAGAUGCCCGCUUCCCCCGAGCUCCCAAGUCCCGAACCGGCCCUCGCCGAGAACCAUUAGCAUCCAUGAAGCCUCCCUUGCUGAAGCCUGAAGGGGCCAAAGGGCGGAAAAAGGAGACGAAGAAAGAAGAAUGUACUGGAGAAUAGGGUUCGCCUGGUCUCCCGCCUGUGUGGUUGAUUUUGGCCGGAAUCAGAGCUUCUCCUUCGGCCUGUGCGGCUCGGAUGAGCGGUAUUCGUUGUAUGGGUACAUCAUCGCUUACCCCUUGCAGGACUACGCAGGGAUCAUGUCGGCGCUGGGCUCGGAUUCCUGGUGGAGGAAAACGCUCUAUCUGACCGGGGGAGCUCUCCUCGCUGCCGCUGCCUAUCUGCUGCAUGAGCUGCUGGCUAUUAGGAAGGAGCAGGAGCUGAGCUCUCAAGAUGCCAUCAUCCUUCACCAGUUCUCCCGGCCCAAGUGUGGGGUCCCCAGCCUGUCCCCCUUCUGCCUCAAGAUGGAGACAUACCUGCGUAUGCUGGGGCUGCCCUACCAGAACUACUUCGAUGGGAAGUUGUCUCCGCAGGGCAAGAUGCCCUGGAUCGAGUACAAUCAGGAGCAGGUGUGUGGCACGGACUUCAUCAUGGACUUCCUGGAGGACAAGCUGGGCAUGAGCCUCAACAAGAGCCUCAGCGACCAGGAGGUGGCCAUCUCCCAUGCCGUCACCAGGAUGGUGGAGGAGCACUUCUACUGGACGAUAGCGUACUGCCAGUGGGUGGAUAACCUGGAGAGGACAGAGCAGAUGCUGGCGGUGAGCGGGCCUCUGAGCCACGUGCUCAAGUGGAUCCUGAGUCACCUGACCAGCGGCGUGGUCAAGCGCGAGAUGUUCGGACACGGCAUCGGACGCUUCUCCAAGGAGGAGGUGUACACCCUGAUGGAGAAGGACAUGCGAACCCUCGCCCUCCUGCUAGGUGAUAAGAAGUACAUCAUGGGGCCGAAGAUGACCGCGGUGGACGCUACAGUGUUUGGCCAUCUAGCCCAAGCCAUGUGGACUCUGCCGGGAACUCGUCCAGAGCAGCUGAUCAAAGGCGAGCUGAUCAACUUAGCCAUGUACUGCGAGCGCAUCCGUCGGAAAUUCUGGCCCGAGUGGUUCGUGGACGUGGACGACUUCUACUACGACGGCUCGUACGACGACAGCUCGGCCUCGUCCUCCCACCUGCUGGACCUGGGCCUGUACUCACGGACCGACACGUUCCAGGACGAGUCCAACACACACACCCACACCCACACGCCCACGCCACCGCACACACACACACACACACACCCACUAGACUCCAACCUGACCACGCCCGACAGUGACCGCACGGGCCAGUCGCUCUUCGACUCCGACAUGGACACCGAGGCCUCAGACAUGGAUCUGCUGAAGGGUUAACGUUUCCCACAAUGCCUUGCACGGAGCCCUCCUGUACUCAUUCGCCAAACUCCCCCCCCCCCCCCUCCCCCCUUCUCCUGCCUUCCUCUGGAAGAACAACCCUAUGAGGGGUUGAUGACUGCAUCACAAAGAUUACACAGAUGAUGAUGAUGAUGAUGGUGAUGAUGAAGAUGAUGGAGGUGGAGAAAACUAAAGCAUUUAAGAAUCAGGGGGGGAAAAGAAGGGGAAAAUAGGCAGGAACUGAGAGAGAGAGAGAGAGAGAGAGAGAGAGAGCAAGAAAGAGAGAGAGAGAGCAAGAAAGAGAGAGAGAGAGAAAGAGAACGAGAACGGGAGUCAAUGACGCCGUUGCUGAGUAACUCCGCCCAUGGUCAGGUGACGUCCUCGAUGCGGCCCGUCGUUGCUACGGCAGCAUGUCCACUCCACCCCCCCCAGCCGGUCUGUUUUUAGAGUUUUCUAGAGUCCGCGCCUCUCAGAUGCCUUCAGUUGGUCCAGAUCUCAAUAUGCCAUGAGGACGUUACUCCUACUAUGCCUCCUAGUGACCAUAGCGUCAGUUUGACAUUGACGUGCUUCUUAAGGAAUUCUACGGUACACGAUCUCACAAACUCAACCCAUGCUUAUUGUGUGUGUGCUGUUUGUGAGCCUCUUAUGCGUGUGUUGUGCGUGAUUGGACGGGUCUACGCGCUGACCGUCUGGGCUACUAACCACCUCCUCAGCCCAGACGGCCAUACUGUAGGUCCUGCACUGCAUCUAGCCUUGAUCAGCUCGGGGACCACGUUACACUGAACUAGCAUGAUCAAUGGAAGAUGACUGAACAAGUCUGAGAAUAACAGAAUGGGAUACUUAAAUUAUGGGAGAAAAAAAUAGUUAUAUCAACUAAUAUUAACACAUUUGAUAAUCAAUUCAGCAGUAUAAAUAAUAGGAAUGGUCAUUAAUACCUACUAGUGUACAUGACGAGCUUGUUUCAGUGACAUCUUGAAGUGCUUUUGCAGGGGUUUGUGCGGCUUUUCCCAUCUCCCACUCUACAGAGAGCAUGUGGUCCAGACCAGUGGUGUCAGAGGCCCGUUAGUGGACCUUAGUGGACCUGCCUUGCCUUGCGAGAGCCCAUGCAUGCUUACUGUCCGAGGGGCCUUCCAGCGGAAACGUCUGGAUUGGACCGAGGAAAAACAAGGAAUUACGAAAACACACAGGAGCCCCUGAGACGUGUGUGUGUGUGUGUGUGUGUGUGUGUGUGUGUGGUUUGAGCUGGGGUUUCUUUCACUGUUUAUCCGUCCUCUGUAGUUUGUGUGGCAUGUAAGUGUGUGUGUUUUUUUUUUUUUUUUUUUUCAGAGCAGUUGAGCUGAGCUUAACUAGUGAGGUGCCUACUGAUAGAGAGGGCAAAUGUGAGAGAGGGGGGUAAACACGAGAGGGUAAUUAGGGGUGACCCUGAGUCUGGUGGAGAAUGGCAUGGGUGGUGCUGUCUGUGUGGUCUCCGGGUAGAUGGAUCUGUGCAGGUGUUUGUCAGGCAUCAGACACCCAUGCUGUCCAUUGAGAGAGAUGUUGCAUACCUGAUGCCUUUAGGAGCAAUUUAGCAGUGACUUCUCAAAACCGCCAUUGCGUUGGUCAGAUGUUGGCCAGUCCCUUACAGAAAUGCUUCAGUUGAUGGACUGUGGCCAACGCAUGAGAAAUCCAGAGUCACGUGAAAUUAAUAACAUUUUAGCUCAAAUGUAUUGACACGUGGUGCACAAAAAAAAAAGGGAAAAUUUACAAUAUUACAAUUGCUACUGAAAUUUACCAGUCAUCUACGAAUCCAAGAAGCGCUGGUGUUUGUGACUGAAGUUUACUUGAGGUGAAGUCUCUUAAAGCCUUAUGUUGGACAGCCACAUGCCAUCCCAAAGAGAGGGCGGUGCAGUACGUUCCUUCCUCCGGGCAGCGUUUUAAAGCGGCGAUGAUGCCCGCAGUAGGCCCGGGCAGCUGAUGAGUGGAAAUGUACCAGCUGUUGUGACAAAGCAGCGUCUCCUUAAGCGACCAGAAUCGCUGCAGUCCACCAUUCUCCGUCUGUUGGCUUUGUCCGCUCCGCUCAUUCUCACAGCACUAUUAGGUCAAAUUUCUCAUUCACAUUGGUGCAGACUAGACACUCUUGAGUUGCAGGAAGUGACCUCUCCUCUGUCCCGUGCUGACUGUGCGUGCGCAGGGGUGUAGGC